UUUGUUGUAGCCUCUCGUGCUAUUCGCAAAUGUUAACUGGAGUUUUCAUAAACGCUAAUCUGACAACCAAGUGGAUGUGGCCUCACAUGCUCUGCACGAGUUUAUAAAUCGGGGAUUUUAUCCAGGUCACCGUCGUAGCACCAAGCUGACACUCAUCAACAAGCCCGCGCCCAAUGUUUACUUCUCCAGCAUGUCUUCCGAGGGAGAGUACUCUAACGCUUUGUUGUGGUGAAGAUGGUUUAAUAGUGACUGCACUGAGUAGCCAUCAUGUUUGUUCGACAAAUAAUGAAAAUGCGAAGAAUGCACUAGCAACCUGCAGUUUGAACAGUUGGAGAGCUUCUUCUCUCGGGAAGAGAGCUGUUAUCGACAGCUGCGGAUCCUCUCCGGCUCCAUGAUGGCGAUGUUUCGGAGCUUUGUCUCAGCGAGCUCCCAGCUCCGCCAGCAGCAGCAGCAACAGCAGCCCAACAGUGGCUCCUGCUCACCGGCAUCCCCGACUGAGGGCAUCGAGAGCCAGUUCUCAUGUCCCAUUUGCCUGGAGGUCUACCAUAAACCCGUCAGCAUCGCCAGCUGUGCUCACACUUUUUGUGGGGAGUGUCUGCAGCCAUGUCUUCAGGUGACCUCGCCCCUCUGCCCUCUGUGUCGUGUGCCCUUUGACCCCAAGAAAGUGGAGCGCUCCUCCAGUGUGGAGAAAAAGCUGGCCUCAUACAAAGCACCCUGCAGGGGUUGUAACAAGAAGGUGGCUCUGGUAAAGAUGAGGUCCCAUAUUGCUUCCUGUCCCAAAGUACAGGAGCAGAUAGCCAAUUGUCCCAAGUUUGUCCCCGUGGUACCCACUUCCCAGCCUAUACCAAGCAAUAUUCCAAAUCGAUCAACAUUUGUGUGUCCAUUCUGUGGGGCCAGAAACCUGGAUCAGCAGGAACUGGUGAAGCACUGUAUGGACAACCACCGUAAUGACCCUAAUAAAGUGGUGUGUCCGGUGUGUUCAGCCAUGCCGUGGGGAGACCCCAGCUAUAAGAGCUCCAACUUCCUCCAGCAUCUCCUCCACAGACACAAGUUCUCCUAUGACACCUUUGUUGACUACAGCAUUGAUGAAGAGGCAGCACUGCGGGCAGCUCUAGCACUGUCACUGGCUGAAAACUGACAUGUCACACCACCACUAUCCCGUCACUGUUAUCAUAAACUCCACCAUAACAGCUCUGUACCUGAACCCACCAUCUCACGGCUGCUGUAUCAUCGAGCCAUGUGACCCAGCCAGGUUCACACACUGUCUGCAGGGAUCCACAUAACAGAGAAGUCCAGCCAGCAUGAGAAUAGUUUAUUUUUACCCAAAGACUGGCUUUAUUCUUUGUUCCAAUUUGCUUUGUUCCAAAACUAAGGCAGUUUGGCUUUAUUUGGAUCUGAUGAUUGAAGAAAAGAAUAACUGUUGGGUUUGCAAUGGAUUCAGUGACUCUGUCGACAUACUGUAAGUUAUGUUAACUUGUUUGGAACUAAACAAGACACAUCAUCCACUGGCUAUAAGAAUAGCAACCUGCUUGGAAUCAGUCCAUCCACUCUGAGCCUCUGUUCUCUUGUCAACUAUCAUCUGGAUCUCCACCGAAUGAUAGGCUACUAUGACUGCUGCUACUCACUCUGACUGACUUUGUUUAUGUUCAGUCUGAGAAAUAUUCAGCAGAAGCGCAGGCUCCAGUUUCUUUGACUGAGAAGUCUGCUCUGACAAAGUUUGGACAUGCAAAUUUUCUUUAGGACAGAACAAGAACAUUUCAAAAUGAUACUCUCUGCUCCUCCCAUACUCUGGCUUCAAAGUUUCACAUGAGUGACCUGGUAGAACAGACAAACAGGGAGUUUCCCUGUUUGUGCUAGCCAGUUUUGCAUGUACUGCUGUACCACACUGUUGUGUUACUGCAGGCCUCUGUCUCUGUUGUUUCUCUUGCUUGCUCCCUCUCUCGCUUCAAAAUAAUAUUUCCCUACUGCAUAAAAAAUAGUAAAUCAAGUAAAAUUACGUAAUAUUGCCAGCAGAAUCAAGCCCUUCAUCUGCUGACAGAAAGUCAAAGAGGGUCUGCAUGAACAGUCUGUGCCAAUAUACAUAUUCACUCAUCUGGCAAUUUAUUAGGAACACCAGCUAAACCUAGUCCAGUCUAAAUCAGAAGAACAGUAAUAACUCCUUCUUAAUGAAGAUUUAAAUGUUCAGUUUGUCUGGAAACUUUUUUUUAUAGAGUUGUUGAUUCAACUGUGGAGAAACAACUCUGUUAUACACAAUUCAAUUUGACAGCACGACAAACUCCAUCCUACAACACAUUGGGUAACACAUUUUAGAGGAUUAGAUGUUAGUUCUAGCUGGUUGCUCCCAAUAAAUGUCAAACUGAUUGUACAACUGUGUAUGCAGACACUAAAUGUAGUUCAAAGUAAUAACAGAAAUGCAUCCCCUGUUCACUGUUUUUGACUAUAUUAGAUCUUUUAGUCUUGUAGUACUGAGUUUAUUGCUUUAACUGAAAGCUUAUGCACAUAUGAAGACAAAAGUAGCAAAAAAUGCCUAAUAUCAGAGUAGAGAGUUCAUUUGUCACAAUAAAUUCAUGUGAUUGGUCUGUCUUAAUGUCAUUUGCUAAUGGCAGGUUAGCAGACUUGGAAACAAAGUCAAAUCAAAUUGUAUAUGUAUAGCCCAUAUUCACAGAUCACAAUUUGUCUCAUAGGGCUAAACAAGGUGCCAUUAUCUGCCCUUAAACCUCAACAAGAGUAAGAAAAAACUAAUAGGGGAAUUUUUUUUUAGAAACCUCACAUAGAGUCACACGUGUGUUACAGAGCAUGUCAACAAAAUAACAGUAUUUCCAACAUUCAUGAGAAAAGACUUCUUACAUAAAGUCUUACAUAAAUAGAUUGGUUGUUGUUUAAAGUAUUUAUAUAAAAGAAAAAGAAAAAGAAAAGCUUUUCCAAACGGACCAGCACUGUCAGACUAAUCAGGUGUUCUAUUAUAAUUUAUUACUGUGAUUAAAAACUGAAUUCAUUACAACAUUCAUUACAACAAGUCUCUUUGUCAGUGAACUGCAGGAGUUGGCAGCAGUUGGCAUCAAGAGCUUAAAGAAAUGUAAGGGUCCUUUAACUAGAACCCAGUAAAGUAAAGUAACCCCAAAAGCCAAUUAUGGAGUGUUGAAUUUAGCAGAGCUAGACAGACAGCAGACCAGUGUUCAGCCCUGUUUACUGCUUGUUUUAAAGUUUUUCCAUUAUAAAUUGAUAUUUAUUUCAUUCAAAAUUCUGACACAGCAAAACCUAAAGUUUCACAGGUCAUCUGAUACAAAUCCUGGAAGCUGAGCCUUAUCUUAUCCAUUACUGCCCAUCCCAGCUUCACUGAGGACAAUGGGUGAAAUGACAGAUUUUCAUGCGUAGCUUUAACACAUUACACCGAACUGAUGAAGGAAGGAUAACUUGUCAUAUAACAGCUCAGAAUGAAAAUCCAUCAUCAUCUCCAUAGAUACAAUAACAUAUAUAAGCAGCCCAUUCAUGUCAGACAUUUUUCUCUACCAGACUGAUCUGUAGAUAUUAUCUGGAAAAAAUCUGAAAAGGUGGAUUGAGGUCUAACCUCCGUUUCGAUGUUACCUCCUUCUUCAACUCUUGCUGAAAGGAAUAUUUUUAUGACGCAUCUGCCAGGAUUGAUUAGUGUUGGAAGAUUUAUUUUGGGAAAAUAUUUGAGGAAUAAUGUUAGACGUGCGUCAUAUAUAUGUCUAUAUACUUUGUGGGACUCAGCUGAUGAUUUACAAAUCUUAACUGCUGUUAAUGCACGCACGCACGAGUACACACAAUUAGAUAGAAAAGGACUAGUUGAACAGAGAUGUUACUGUAGUUUAACCUACAGAUCUCAGUCCAGACCCACAGAGCAUGCUGAGCUACACUGAAGCCAACACACGUUGAUGUGGCUCUUUUCUAUAGAGCCAGGUUGCCGAGAAAAUGGAAAGGCGAAAUUUGGGUAAUGUUUCCACAGAAGGAUGCAUUUGCCAUUUGCACUUUAAUUCAUUCA